UGUAUCACUACAGUUCUUGUAAUCGUGCUGUGAACAACUUCAUUUAAGCACUCCAGAGCCAGAAGAAAGAGUGUGGUUCAUCUUCCGUCGUAGCUUAGACAUUUUCUGUGAAAACUAGAAGCUACGAGUCGUCUAUUCCUCUAAGGAAACACAAGCACACAAUUAAUUUAUUUGUAAUUUAGGAUUUUUUAUAUUUAAUAAACCAAAUAUAUCAACAUGUGUGACGAAGAGGUUGCCGCGCUCGUUGUCGACAAUGGAUCCGGUAUGUGCAAGGCCGGUUUCGCCGGAGACGAUGCCCCUCGGGCUGUCUUCCCGUCCAUUGUCGGACGUCCACGUCAUCAGGGUGUGAUGGUCGGUAUGGGACAGAAGGACUCGUACGUCGGUGAUGAAGCCCAGAGCAAACGAGGUAUCCUGACCCUGAAGUACCCGAUCGAGCACGGUAUCGUCACGAACUGGGACGAUAUGGAAAAGAUCUGGCACCACACCUUCUACAAUGAACUGCGUGUGGCUCCCGAGGAACAUCCAGUCCUGCUGACAGAGGCCCCCCUCAACCCGAAGGCUAACCGUGAGAAGAUGACACAGAUCAUGUUCGAAACCUUCAACACACCGGCUAUGUACGUCGCCAUCCAAGCCGUGCUGUCGCUGUACGCUUCCGGUCGUACCACUGGUAUUGUGCUGGAUUCCGGCGAUGGUGUCUCGCACACAGUCCCAAUCUAUGAAGGUUAUGCUCUGCCACACGCUAUUCUGCGUCUGGAUUUGGCCGGUCGCGAUCUCACUGAUUAUCUGAUGAAGAUCCUGACUGAGCGUGGUUACUCGUUCACCACCACUGCCGAGCGAGAAAUUGUCCGCGACAUCAAAGAAAAGCUCUGCUACGUCGCCCUGGACUUCGAGCAGGAAAUGGCCACCGCUGCCUCCUCUUCAUCCCUCGAGAAGUCCUACGAACUUCCUGACGGACAGGUCAUCACCAUCGGUAACGAACGUUUCCGUUGCCCAGAAGCCCUGUUCCAGCCAUCGUUCUUGGGUAUGGAAGCCUGCGGUAUCCACGAGACCACAUACAACUCGAUCAUGAAGUGCGACGUCGACAUCCGAAAGGAUCUGUACGCCAACACAGUAUUAUCCGGUGGUACCACCAUGUACCCAGGAAUUGCCGACCGCAUGCAGAAGGAAAUCACUGCUCUUGCCCCAUCGACGAUGAAGAUCAAAAUCAUUGCCCCACCAGAGCGCAAAUACUCCGUAUGGAUCGGUGGUUCCAUUCUGGCCUCGCUUUCCACCUUCCAGCAGAUGUGGAUCUCCAAGCAGGAAUACGACGAGUCCGGUCCAUCCAUUGUCCACAGAAAGUGUUUCUAAGCAGUUUCUGCUUUAUUUAACACAAUAAUAAUAACAACAACAUCAAUGAAGAAAACAACAGCAACAGCAGCAACAACAUCAAAGCAAAAACUAAACGAGAGAGAAAUUACAAGAACAACAACAACAACUGAUAACAACAAAGAUCAUUUCCAGCAAGAAGUUGAAUGAUUGAACAACAUCCAAGAAGAAAAAGACAUACAUUUGAAAAAACUUAAAAUAAAAGACAAUUCCUGUAUUAUUACUUAUAAUAA